AUGCCACUCGUCAUCGGUGUCCACUUGGACAUCGGUCCGUUGACCACAACUCUGAGUGUGACCAUCCAGGGCAUCCACUGUCCCCAAGGCUUCGUUUUUCUGGAGGAGUUGGGCCAGGGCACAAAAUCCUGCACAGCAGAGGACAAAGGAAUGUAUAUUGGAAUGGAAAAAAAAAGAACACAGAGAACAACUCUUGUUUAUGUGUGUGAUGAAGUUGUUGUGUCCAAAGAGAAAAAUGUUUGGUUUUUUUUUUUAAUGACAUUUGGCCCUGCCUUGGAAGUUGGUCUUGGGCCAACUGAGAAAAGAGCCAUCACUGUUGUGACUCAGAGACGAAUCCUGGACUUGAAGACUGGAACAGUAAAGAAAGAGGGUCAGCAGUCUUCCAUGAGAAUGUGCAUGGGAUCAAGGCGUUCUUUCAUUUGCAGGAUGAGGUGUGGAAAUGCUCCUCUGGAUCAUUUACCUUUGAACAGAAUAACUACCAUGAGAAAAAGAUACAGGAAUGGCCUUGGCCCAGUAAAAGAAGGCGAAGCACAGUAUGCUGUUGUCCAUUGCACUGGCUAUAUCAAGGCUUGGCCACCAGCAGGAAUGACUAUACCAGAAGAAGAUGCUGAUGUGGGACAAGGUAGUAAAUAUUGCCUGGUGGCAAUAGGAAGACUUCAGGUAACCAGCUCUCCAGUGUGCAUGGACAUGAAUGGCAUGUCAGUCCCCACUGAGUUCUUGUCUAGGCACAAUUCCGAUGGAGUCAUCACCUUCGUUGACCCAAGGUGCAUCAGUGUCAUUGGUUACCAGCCCCAGGAUCUUCUGGGGAAAGAUAUUUUAGAAUUCUGCCAUCCUGAAGAUCAAAGCCAUUUGAGGGAGAGUUUCCAACAGGUUGUGAAACUGAAAGGUCAAGUCCUGUCUGUGAUGUAUCGUUUUCGUACCAAAAACCGGGAAUGGAUGCUGAUCAGAACCAGCAGCUUCACAUUUCAGAAUCCUUAUUCCGAUGAGAUUGAAUACAUCAUCUGCACCAACACUAAUGUAAAACAACUUCAGCAACAGCAAGCGGAACUUGAAGUACAUCAGAGAGAUGGGCUGUCAUCCUAUGACUUAUCUCAGGUGCCUGUUCCAAGUAUACCAGCUAACGUUCAUGAGGGUGGAAAGUCCGUGGAAAAGCCUGAUGCUAUCUUCUCCCAAGAGAGAGAUCCUAGAUUUGCUGAGAUGUUUGCUGGAAUAACUGCUUCAGAUAAAAAAAUGAUGGCCUCGGCAUCCACAGCAGGAAACCAGCAGCUUUACUCACAGGGAAGCCCAUUUCAGCCAGGACAUUCAGGAAAGACUUUCAGUUCCUCUGUGGUACAUGUGCCUGGUGUGAACGACAUCCAGUCUUCUUCAUCAACGGGCCAGAAUCUGACACAGAUAUCUCGCCAGCUAAAUCAGAGUCAGGUUGCCUGGACAGGAAAUCGCCCACCUUUUCCAGGACAG